GAAUUACGAAUGUCACACAAUAAUAUUGAAAAAAUUCCACCAGUUUUAUUUCUAAAAUCGCAAAAAUUGAUCGAAAUCGAUUUUUCUUUUAAUAAAAUCGCUCGAAUCGAUGAUUGGUCAUUCAUUGGCGAAUCAAAUUUAGAAAAAUUAAACUUAUCACACAAUCUCAUCACCGAAUUGAGUGCGAAUAAUUUUAACAGCCUGAUGAAUGUGAAGUAUCUGGACUUGUCACACAACAAAAUCAAAGAAAUCGAUGAGAUGGCAUUUAGACAACUUUUAAAGCUUGAGUACUUGAGCAUAUCGCAUAACAGCCUAACACAAAUCAAACCAAGGAACUUUUUAACAUUGACUAAAUUGGCGGCGUUGGAUUUGUCGUACAAUCAAAUCAAAGAAUUUGAAGAAGAUAUGCUCCCACUUGCACAAGACCAACUCAACUUUACCAUUGAUCAUAAUCCAGUUCAUAAGCCGGAUGGAUACACAUUUUUGAAGAGUUCUGAUAUUGACAUCAACAAAUUUCAUCGUGAAAGUAGAUUCAUUUCUACAUCAAGUAAUAUACUUGAACACGCUUAAGUCGACUGGACAGAUUGCAAUCGAGCAAUUGAAUUACCAAAUUACAAAACCAACUGAACGCAAAGGCGGACAACAUUAAUAACACAAUCUCAACAUCAUCUCUACUUUAGUCGAAAUUGUACUUAAUGAUAUAAGCUUUGUGAACUCUUUUAAAAUGUUGAAAAAAAAUUAUAAAAAAUUUCUCAAAAAUAAA